AUGGCUGCUCAAUCGACGCCUCCUUCUGCUUCUGCUUCUGCUUCGUCUCAUUCUCAACAACAAAUCGAUUCAUCCGAAAAAAUCGCUCAACAAUUUCUUUCCAAUGCCAACGAUUAUUUUCGUUCGGAUAUUAAAUUGGUUACGAGUGACUACGAUUGUUUGAUACAAAUGAACAAUGCUGCGUUGGAUAAAUACAAUCAAAUGCACCGAAAAUUACAACACGUGAAUACUUCUGUACGAACGAUGAGUGAUAAUAAUUCGACAAAAAUGUUGUCGACCUUUAGUCAAUUGAAUGAGAUUGAAGAUGCGAUGUCGAAUCUGGAGUCGACAAUUAUGAAAUUGGACGCGUAUUCUCGUUCAUUGGAAACUCAAGUGAAGAAAUUCGAAAAAACAUCCAAUUCAGCAGCACGGACAACAUCGCCAUGA